GUGUUACUAGACAUCCAACAGCAUUUUGGAGUUAAAGACAGUGGGGCUGGCUUACUACAGACAGUUUUCAUCUGUAGUUUCAUGGUGGCAGCGCCUAUAUUUGGUUACCUUGGUGACCGCUUCAACAGGAAAAUCAUUCUCAGCUGCGGGAUCUUCUUCUGGUCAGCAAUCACCUUUUCAAGCUCCUUCAUCACUGAGCAGUAUUUCUGGCUCCUCGUCCUCUCACGAGGUUUGGUCGGCAUCGGUGAAGCCAGUUAUUCUACCAUUGCUCCCACCAUCAUAGGAGACCUUUUCACCAAAAACACCAGAACCCUCAUGCUGUCUGUUUUCUACUUCGCAAUCCCUCUUGGCAGUGGUUUGGGAUACAUCACGGGAUCAAGUGUGAAGCAGGUAGCAGGAGACUGGCACUGGGCAUUGCGGGUAUCUCCACUCCUGGGCAUGAUCACAGGGACACUCAUCUUGAUAUUCGUACCCGCUGCUAAAAGAGGCAACGUGGAGCAGCUGGGGGGGCAGCUGAAGGCUCGGACCUCGUGGCUAAGAGACAUGAAGGCGCUGAUCAGGAACCGCAGCUAUGUGUUCUCCUCGCUGGCCACCUCAGCCGUCUCCUUCGCCACGGGGGCGCUGGGCAUGUGGAUCCCCCUCUACCUUCACAGGGCACAAGUGGUACAGAAAACUGUGGAGACGUGCAGUGCGCAGCCAUGCGGCACCAGGGACAGUUUGAUCUUCGGAGCAAUCACGUGCUUCACUGGUUUUCUGGGUGUGAUCACAGGGGCUGGAGCAACCAAAUGGUGCCGGUUAAAAACCCAGCGAGCUGACCCCCUGGUCUGUGCCGUCGGCAUGCUGGGGUCGGCCAUCUUCAUCUGUCUGAUCUUCGUUGCUGCCAAGAGCAGCAUUGUGGGAGCUUAUAUUUGCAUUUUUAUCGGAGAAACUCUUCUGUUUUCAAACUGGGCAAUCACAGCUGACAUACUAAUGUACGUGGUUAUCCCGACACGACGGGCGACCGCCGUGGCCUUGCAGAGCUUCACUUCGCACCUGCUGGGAGAUGCCGGCAGCCCCUACCUGAUUGGAUUCAUCUCAGACCUGAUACAACAAAGCACAAAGGAGUCCCCGCUCUGGGAGUUCCUCAGCCUGGGCUACGCACUCAUGCUCUGCCCCUUGGUCGUCGUCCUCGGAGGGAUGUUUUUCCUGGCCACGGCCCUCUUCUUCCUCAGCGACCGCGCCAAAGCAGAACAACAGUGAGUAGCCAGGCCACCAGGGAUGGGGGAGGAUGGGAGCAUCUGAUCUGCUACCGCAGCUACGUUUGGAGUGUUUCACCAAGCCCUUCAGGAAAGGACGCAGCAGAGCACACGGUGCCACAACAGGCACCGGGCGUUGUUUUUGCAUCCUUUAUACGUUCCUGCGUCCAGGGGUUCUCAGCGCUCCCGGGGGCUGGCACCAGAUUUCAGACUUGCAGCCUCCUUUGGUUUUUUUUUUUUUUUAAAUGCGUGGCUGUCCAAGGUGCACUGAAAUCUUGGCCAUUUAGCUUACAAUGGAGCGUUGCAUGCUGGGAGCUGUAGUCUUCCGUGGCCACCUUGCCACUUAAAGAAGGGAAUGAGCAUGAGCCACCUUGUAGAGCUCAAUGGUCAGCUUUUACCUCAGGGUUACACAACUGGGCCACCUUCGCACUACACGGUAUGGGAAAUAGUCCAACGGAACAACUGAGAAAAUGAAAACCAUUGGGGGAGGGAGGGUGUCGAGGGGAGCUAAUAAAUCUAGAUCUGGAGUCACUAUAUGGAAGUCUUUCCUGGUUCCUAACUACUGCUUAUAAAAAAGUGAUGUGUUGUCCAGUAAGGACACCGAUUCGGAGCACUUCACUCUUGGCAACGCCAGUAGUUCAGACGAUGCGCCCACGUGACACACCAUUUUGGGUUAGAUUCUCUCGUCACCCUUGCACAAGGAUAUGACUCCAGGGACACAUCUUCUAAGCAGG